UCUAUUCUUCUAAGCCACCGGUUUCCUCCACCUUGCGGUUUCCAUUUGUUCGGCCCGGCUUCCCUUGUAGCUAUUAAUACCCAUCCUUUUCCUACUGCACUGCUAUUAUUGUUGUCAUUAUUGUUGGCGAUCGCCCAAAUCUCGCUUCCGCUCCCACUCGCAGCCCUUCCGACUGCCGGAAUCCCCCAAAGCAUCGCUCCCUCUUGGUCGAUCUUGAUGCUCGCUUUUGGCCGAGAUCCGCAGAUCGGAGGCGCUGGAUUCGCAGUCUGCUUAGGAGGCUAGGUUUUAUUAUCCUUGGAGCUAACUGGAACGGGACGUCGGAGUCGCUGGGUUCUUGUUGAAUUAGGAGAGGAUGAGUAGCAAGAAGCAGGACGAGAGGAAUGAGAAGAUCAUCAGAGGUCUCCUCAAGCUUCCUCCCAACAGGAAGUGCAUCAACUGCAACAGUCUGGGUCCACAGUACGUUUGCGUCAAUUUUUGGACUUUCAUCUGCGUGACUUGCAGCGGAAUACAUCGUGAGUUUACUCACCGUGUGAAAUCGAUAUCUAUGGCAAAAUUUACUUCUCAAGAAGUUGAGGCUCUACAAAAAGGAGGCAAUCAGCGUGCCAGAGAGAUAUUCUUGAAGGAUUGGGAUACAGAAAAAAUGAGGUUGCCUAGUAGCAGCAACCUUGAUAAGUUGAGAGAAUUCAUCAAAUAUGUUUAUGUGGAAAAGAAGUAUGCUGGUGGGAUAUCCUCUGACAAGCCACCAAGAGACAUGCAGACCCACAAGAACCAUGAAGAUCACAGGAGAGCCAGUUCUUAUCAUUCCUUCUCACAGAGCCCACCUUAUGAUGGUCAAUAUGAAGAAAGAUGCAAUGGCAAAAUGUCUGGGAUGCUGGCAAGAAAACCUGGUUCAGAUCGUAGUCUGUAUGAAGGCAAGAUUUCCAGCUUCAUGUUCAGUCCAGGUCACCAAGCAAAGCAGUUGUAUGAGGAUAGAUUUGCUAACGAGACUCCUAAUUCAAGGAAUUCAGACUACUCCAUUACUAGUGGAGGAGGUUCAUCUAUAUUUUAUGGCCAGUCACCAAAUCUGCAGGACACUGAUAAUAGCAGUCCUCCUUUACAUCAAGUAAGAAAUAUUUUGAUUGAAGAUACACGACCCUCAGUGUCGAAUACAUAUGCUGAUGCAAAUAUCAAGAAGAAUUUUAAUGGGUUCCCACAUUCACAGAGGACUGCAUCAUCAAGUAGCUUCGGAUCCUUUGACAGUAACUCUGCAUCUUUGACACCAUCUAGUUCAAGUAACAUAAUUGAUCUUGUUCUCGAGUCAGAGAACUCAUCUCCAGUCAAGCAUCCAGAUAUAGCUGUAACUCCCUCUGUGAUGCAAGACUCUGCUCCUACACAUGCCAGGAGUCAGGAUCUUUUUGGUCUACCAGUUAUGAAACAACCAAUUCCUUCUUCCAAUUCAUUUACAGAUGUAUUUGCUGUUAACCAUCAACGUUUGUCUCCUGUCCCUUCAGAAGAAAAAGAAUUGACCAAAUCAUUCUCUGAUAGUGUGGGGUGGGCCACAUUUGACUUACCUUCUCAAGCAAAUCCUGCUUCUGAACAGAAGGACCCUACUUCUGUGGUUUCUCAGGCUAUAAAGCAUCAAUUUCCACAAAAUGCAGAUCAGGACCUUUUUUUGCUUUUUGCUGACCAGCAUAGUGAAAUUAUACCAUCAUCAGAAACAGAUAAAAGUUCUCAGACCUGGGAUGCAUUUGGUUUUUCUGAUGGAAAUUUUCAGCAAACAUCAUCUGACAAACUAUUGCAGACCAAUGAAGCAAAAGUUCUGGUGCACAAUCCUCCUGCAACUGGGGUUCUAUAUUCCAGUUUACAAUAUCAAGAGGUACCUGUCGAGGUUGGUUCACAAAAUUUCAGCACAGAUGAAUUUUCGGCUCUUAAUGUACCAUAUGAUGGCUCAUCUGGAUCUUCAUUUUUCUCAGUUCCAUUCUUGAAGGGAGGGACUACUCAAGAACAGAAAUCAACAAAUCCAUUUGAUCUUCCAUAUGAUUCAGAUGUAGACACAGAUAAUUUGUUUCCAGACAUGCACUCAUUGCAAGCUGCAUUGCCAAAUCAACUUUUGCCUACAAAUUUACUUGGUGGACAGCCCCAAACAUGGUUUUCACAGAAUUCAGUUGCAGCUUGCGUUAUGCCUGUACCUCAAGGAAGCCUAGCAUACAAUGCAGGGCAGGUACCAAGCUCUCAAUUGCAGGACUUAACUUCACAAGGUCCUGUUGCAUCCUUUGGUGGAAACCCUUUUGCUUAGAGAACUGCUCGAUCAGUUUGUCUGCCAAGGGUAUACCUACUGCCACAUCUGGAGGGUUAUACAACAUAUGCAAUCUGGCAUGUUUCGUAUAUAUAUGUGCUGGCUUGAAAGAUUUACCGAGUGGAAAUAGGUAAGUUUUAUGGACUUAAGGAGAUGAUAUUUUGGGUAUAUGUUUGAUAUCUGCUCGAACAAUGUUAACUGUUUUGUGGUUGCAUGUUGUUUGUUCCUUUUAUUGGCCUCAGAUUUAUCAGAGCUUUGGCAAUUAUGUUAACCUGGUACUAGGGGUUUAAAGAACUGUUGAUGCUUUAACCCGAUUUGCUGCAACUAGUUAAUUGUACCAUAUUUAUUUGUUGAGAUCUUGUCAUUCCAGAAGAGUGUUUGUAAUUCGUUUGUUUAUCUUUCGUUAGUAUGACGUUCUCAGAUGUAACAUUGACUUUGCCGCUUGCUUUUGUGUUUAAAGAACGUGAUAGUUGAGACUC